AUGGGGAGUAGUGUAACGGAAUCAAUGUCUUCCGAUGUAUUAGAUUUGACAAAUUUUGAUUCAUGUGGCCAUUUAAGUCCUUUUAUACUGACUAGUCCAAGGUCAUUGUUAGCAUGCCGUAAGGCUAAAAUUAAGGCAAGUGGAUUAGUUUGUAUCGAUAUUAUAUUUGUUUUACAUUUUUUAUUUUCUUAGCCUAAUGAGUUAUUAUAUAAGAGUGCGGCAGAUGUUUCUAAAGAUUUAGGAGUGUCAAUCAAGUUAGCUUACCCAGUUUAUCAACAACAUGAAAAAAUUAGACAAGGCAAGUUUUAA